CUCACAGGCUCUGUCCCAGGAACAGGCUUCUCCAAACACCCUCUCUGGUUCUGACAUGAGUUCCAGGUGCCUGCUGAGACCACUGCCGGCUGUUGGGAGCCAGUACCCGGAGAGCCCUGAGGAGUAGCCACUCAGCAGCAGCAGCAGCCAACGCCUGGGUCCACCAUGAACUGGGGGAUCUUCGAGGGGCUCCUAAGCGGGGUCAACAAGUACUCCACAGCCUUCGGGCGCAUCUGGCUAUCUCUGGUCUUUAUCUUCCGAGUGCUGGUGUACCUGGUGACAGCUGAGCGUGUGUGGAGUGACGAUCACAAGGAUUUUGACUGUAACACCCGCCAGCCAGGCUGCUCCAACGUCUGCUUCGAUGAGUUCUUCCCCGUGUCCCAUGUGCGCCUCUGGGCCCUGCAGCUCAUCCUGGUCACGUGCCCCUCGCUGCUGGUGGUCAUGCACGUGGCUUACCGGGAGGCACGGGAGAAGAAGCACCAAGAGGCAGAGGGGGAGGGUUGUGGGCGCCUCUACCUGAACCCCGGCAAGAAGCGGGGUGGGCUCUGGUGGACGUACGUCUGCAGCCUGGUGUUCAAGGCCGGCGUAGACGUCAUCUUCCUGUAUGUGUUCCACUUGUUCUACCCCAAAUACACCCUCCCCCCCGUGGUCAAGUGCCACGCGGCUCCGUGUCCCAACACGGUGGACUGCUUCAUCUCCAAGCCCUCAGAGAAGAACAUCUUCACUCUCUUUAUGGUCAUCACGGCUGCCAUUUGCAUCCUGCUCAACCUCGUGGAGCUGGCUUACCUGGUGAGCAAGAGGUGCCGUGAGUGCCUGGCAGCGAGGAAAGCCAGGGCCACCAGCUCCAAUUCCUGCAAACAAAACGACCUCCUCUCAGGCGACCUCAUUUUCCUGGGCUCAGACACUCACCCUCCUCUCUUACCAGGCUGCCCUCAAAACUACGUGAAGAAAACCAUCCUGUGAGGGGCUGCCUGCACUGGGCAGACGGGGCAGGCCUGGGUUGGGAGGGCCCGGCGUCCCUCGUGGUUACAGCCUUAGGGGUAGGAGGCUCCUGCCACCUGCCCCAGCUGUGUGGCCUUGGGCACCUCAGUGUGCUUUUGUAUAAAAUGUAAAUGGUGAGGCCUACCUCAUAGGUUUGUUGCUAUGAGAAGGAGUUUAAUUAGAGAACAGACGUGCAAGCAAGCAACUUCAAUGUGUGGGACCCACAGUCAGAGCUUAAUAAAAACCAACUCCUCCA